GAAGCUUGGCUCGCGCGCGCGUUAACGCAUCAGGAUCGUGUGCAACUCGCGUCGUUUCAAGAUUGUUAACGAUGAUUUUAUUUGCACGUCAGACCGAGCUGUCCAUCAAAGGUGCAGAAAGGGACGAAAAACAGCGAGCCGCAAUGCCGAACGCAGCAAAUCGAUGCAUCCUCCUCGAGGACGUGAGCUUCCUCGAAGAUAUGCCGGUGGGUAACGAUCUCGACAAAUACCGGGCGCUGGCAUCCUUCAAUUGGAAACGCUUGCGAGUUGUUUUCGAGGACCCGGAUAAGCUGCGGCUCAAGAUGCGCCUGUGGAAGGCCAUGGAAGCGGACCCGGAGUACCAUCCUCCGAACGGCGUGGCACUGAGCGCGGACGAGCAAAAACGACGCGCGGCCCGGCAACUCGCACGCCUGCAUCACCAGAAACUAUUGCUCGGCGAUCUCAGCAAACUCAACUACAGAACCAAGACCGAGUUUAUGAUGGUACUGAACGAGGCCACCUGUCUCAUCGAUCCUACCCUCUCCGUGAAAAUAGCCAUCGGCGUCUACCUCUUCAGCAACACCAUUCUAACACUGGGCACCGAGCGACACCUGCCUUUCUUCCACGCGGUCUUCAACAAACAGAUGCUGGGUUGUUACGCCUUGACCGAAGUCGCUCACGGUAGCGACACGAAAAUGAUGCGGACGACCGCGACGUACGACCCGAGUACCCGAACCUUCGUGCUUCACACUCCGGACUUCAAGGCAGCCAAAUGCUGGGUCGGCAAUCUCGGCAAAACAGCGACGAUAGCGAUAGUGUUCGCGCAAUUGGUCACGCAAAACACCCACCACGGCCUUCACGCGUUCGUCGUACCGGUGAGGGAUCCCAAGACGUACCUGUCUUAUCCGGGAGUCAUAGUCGGCGACCUCGGCGAGAAGAAUGGCCUCCACGGCAUCGACAACGGCUACGUCAUAUUCAACAACUACAGGAUACCGAGGGAAAAUUUGCUCAACAGGGCGGCCGAGGUCACACCCGAGGGCGACUACGAGAGCUCGUUCUCCGACCCUCACAGGAUUUUAGGAGCCGUGCUGGAGAAUCUGUCGGCCGGUCGGAUAGGGAUCUGCCAGGAGUCGACCAACAGGCUCGGUGCCGCUGUAAUUAUAGCCGUUAGGUACGCCGCUGUGCGGAAGCAGUUCUCCAACUCGUCUGUAAAUAGUAACGAAGAAACUCCGAUCCUCGAGUACGAACUGCACCAAUGGAGACUGUUUCCUUAUCUAGCUGCGGCCUGCGUGUUCAAACUUUUCAUGACGGAGUUUACGAAUUUGUAUUUAGAAAAUGUACAAAAGUCGAUGGACGGAGAGAACAUACCGAAUCUCAGUCAGAUAGUGUCAGAAAUCCAUAGUAUGGUGUCGGUGCUGAAACCUCUGUUAACGUGGACUUGCCGGGACGCGAUACGAGAGUGCAGGGAAGCUUGCGGAGGUCACGGCUACCACAAAACGGCAGCUCUGGGUGACAUGGCGGCAAACCACGAGCCAUCGGUCUCGUACGAGGGCGAUAACAACGUGCUGAUUCAGCAAACGAGUAAUUGGAUACUGCGCCAGUGGAACGACUUGCAAAGUGGCUCGACUACUACCAUCAGUCCUUUGGCUUCUCUAAAGUUUCUCGUUCAUGGGCCCAAGAUUCUACGAAAGAAAUUCGAUCCGCAUGUCGAGGCACGGCUAACGCUGGAUUUCGUCCGGGACGCCUACGAGUGGCUGAUAACGUGGCUCGUCAGCGAAACGCAGCGAAAGUACGAGGAAGAACUGGCCAAUGGCGCAAACAACUUUACAGCUCGCAGCAAGUCGCAGGUCUACAGAGCGGCUCAUCUUUCUAGGGCAUACGGGGAGAGGAUAGUCACAAGUUAUUGCCUCGUCAGACUGAACAAGACGAUACCAGAGGCGCCAGAAGCGGCGAGUUUGAAAAUUGUUUUGAACAAACUCGUGCUCUUGUAUUCACUGUGUUGCCUAGAGAAGCAUUUAACCAUAUUUUAUCAAGGUGGCUACUGUACCGGACCUCGGAUGGCCGCUUUGGUCAAAGAAAAUAUACUAAAUUUAUGCGCUGAAAUAAAACCAGAGGCCAUCGCAAUAGCCGAUGCCUUGGCUCCUCCGGAUUUUGUUUUGAACUCUGUUUUGGGGAUGUCGGAUGGAAAGGUCUAUGAGCGUCUCGAGGAGGCCUUCCGAUGCUAUCCAGGUGGAUCGGAAAGAGCGAACUGGUGGUCCGAGCUGUUGGAAGUGGCGGACAAGCCGUUGAUCGUUCCAAAGUCAAAGCUUUGACGAAUGUAACACGCUUGUUGUCGUUAUGGCAUGGCCACUACUUUUUUGUCCAACCAAUGAGUGAAAAGCACAAAAAACGCUGAUGUCGCAUCAAUUUUUAACAAUGUACAUUUUUAAAAUACCACCUACCUUAGCAUAUUUUUUGUAUGCUUAUGUGUGUAUGCAUUGUUUUUAUUGUGUUUUAAUUUUUUUUUUUUUUAUUACUAUAUACGUACUUAUGAGCAUGAUUACCAUUACUUAUUAGUAAGUUACCGGAAUUGUAGUUUUGUGUACUAUUUAGGAAGUACCUAAAUACAGAAUGAGGCUGUUUUGCGUGCAAAAAUUUUUAUGAA